UUUUUACCACAGGGCUAACAAAAGAAAAAAGCAUAGUCGUUAGCACCUCACACUGCUCUACCUCGAUUGUCGUUCCGUGUUCAAUUAUCCAACAAUCUAUAACUCACAACUCGCCCAGAGAAUAGGUCUAGUCUUCUCCCAAGUAUCUAUUCUACGACUUGAAAAAGAAUGGCAGAACGUUCACAGUUCGAUCAUGAUCGUGUUCUUGCUCAUAAAUUCCCUGAGUCAACGUACGUUUAUACCGAAAGAGAUGCAGCAAUUUAUGCUUUGGGAGUUGGAGCUUGUGGUCGCGAUGCCGUUGAUGCUGACGAACUCAAAUAUGUGUAUCAUGAAAAUGGCCAGCACUUUAUUCAGGUCCUGCCAACGUUUGCUGCUCUAUUUUCACUUGGAUCAAUGACAAAUGGUAUAGAUUUGCCUGGCUUGCAGUAUGAUCCACGUCUUUUGCUGCAUGGACAGCAAUAUAUAGAAGUUUACAGACCAUUUCCAUCAAGUGCAACUAUACAUAAUAAAGUUACCCUCGCUGGAUUGCAUGACAAAGGUAAGGCAGCUAUUGUUGAGAUUGAAACAAAAAGUUAUGAGAAAGAGUCUGGUGAAUUAUUAUGCAUGAACAGAUCAACUGUUUAUCUUCGAGGUGCUGGCGGCUUCUCAAACUCAACUCCUCCAUAUUCUUACUCCAAUUAUCCAAAGAACCAGGUUGCAGCUGCUAAAAUUCCAAAAACUCAACCUUUUGCAGUAUUUGAAGAUUUUAUUCAACCAUCUCAGGCAUUGUUAUACGGGCUAUCUGGUGAUUAUAAUCCUCUGCAUUCAGAUCCUAUGAUUGCUAAAGUUGCAGGAUUCUCCCGACCAAUAUUGCAUGGGCUAUGCACACUAGGAUUUGCAGUUAGGGCCAUCAUCAAAUGCAUUUGUAGAGGAGAUGCAAGCAUUAUCAAGAACAUAUCUGGGCGAUUCCUCUUACAUGUGUACCCUGGUGAAACCUUGAUUACUGAAAUGUGGCUUGAUGGUUUGAGGGUUGUAUAUCAGGCAAAGGUAAAAGAAAGAAACCGGGCAGUUUUAUCAGGCUAUGUGGACCUCCGUCAUUUAACAUCAUCGCUGUAAAUAAAUGCCAUAGGUAUCUGCCAAGAGGAUUUUACUCUCUAAUUAUAUUUUUAAAUAAUGGUGGCUAGACCUUAUCAUUGUAAGAGAGAAUCUGCUUGUAGAAGGAAUAAGAAAAGCUUCCAUGGUGUUCAUGGAAAAAGCUCGAACUCUAUUACAGAUUUAAGAUGUCCCUCUUAUGCAUUCCAGAUAGGUUGAUUUUAUGAAUACAAAGAUCUUUGCUUGUGUUGUA